AUGGAAGGCGGAUGGAAUGGGCCAAGGAUUUACAUGCUUCACCACAAGACGAGGUCCGAGGCAAGCGAAGUGGGCACAGGUCGUUGGGACUCCACCGAAGGCAGCUUGGAACGAAGCAUGUUGGAGGAAGUGAACCCCCGAGGGAGUAUGGGUGUGCACAUUCACAGCUCACAGCCAAUUCUUCUCAUACGCAGCCUCCUUGACCUCUUCAUGGGUACUGGCAUGGCUACUGGCAUGGGUAUGGAUAUGGAUAUGGAAAUGGACCUGGGCCUCAGCGCAGAGCACAAUGCAAGCACAUAUACCUACUGUAUGCCCGCAAACCGAAAAUACAACAAGGCCCAUCCCAUCAUCGCGAUCCUCCUGCGAGUAUUCCUCCCUCGCCCAUGA